UUUUUGCAGAGCUAAGAAUAACUUUGUAUUACUGAGGAUGGAAAACAUAUUCACACUAUGUUCUACGUUUUGUAUGUUUUGAGAGCUGAAGAGAGCCAAGCGAAAUAUCCCCUUUCAGGAUAAUGUGAUGGCUUCUAUGGGGGAUUUUCAGCUGAACUCUCAUCUAUCAACACUGGCAAAUAUUCACAAGAUUUACCACACUCUUAAUAGACUGAAUUUGACAGAAGACGCCAGUCAAGACGAUCGUCAAACAGGAAGUCUCAGGUCUUGCAGUUCAUCAGACUGCUUUAGCAAAGUGAUGCCUCCAAGAAAAAAGAGGCGACCUGCAGCUGGUGAUGACCUCUCGGCUAAAAAAAGUAGACAUGAUGGCAUGUACAGAAAAUAUGAUUCUGCUAGAAUAAAGACAGAAGAUGACAUGUUCUCAAGCAAGAGGUGCUUAGAAUGGUUCUAUGAAUAUGCAGGAACAGAUGAUAUUGUGGGUCCUGAAGGAAUGGAGAAAUUCUGUGAGGACAUUGGGGUUGAACCAGAAAAUGUAGUUAUGCUUGUGUUAGCUUGGAAGCUGGAUGCUCAGAACAUGGGUUACUUUACAUUGCAAGAAUGGUUAAAAGGAAUGACAUCUCUGCAAUGUGAUACAACAGAAAAACUAAGAAAUUCCUUGGAUUACUUGAGAUCUUUAUUAAAUGAACCUACAAAUUUUAAACUUAUUUACAGAUAUGCAUUUGAUUUUGCACGUGAAAAGGACCAGCGAAGCCUAGAUAUAAAUACUGCCAAGUGUAUGUUAGGACUUCUCUUAGGAAAAACAUGGCCCCUUUUUCCAGUAUUUCACCAGUUCCUAGAGCAAUCUAAGUACAAGGUUAUCAACAAGGACCAGUGGUGCAAUGUUCUGGAAUUCAGCAGAACCAUUAAUCUUGACCUCAGCAAUUAUGAUGAAGAUGGAGCAUGGCCAGUGUUGCUGGAUGAAUUUGUGGAGUGGUAUAAAGAGAAACAAAUGACAUAGGAAUUUUAACUAUGCACAGCCGCUCAAGAGUCUUUGUUACUACAGUUAUGUCUACCAUUAGCCAUAAACUGCUAUUUGUAUAAAAGCGCAUGCUGCUUUUCCUGCACUGUAUCCCAUUUUGGGGGACCUUUUGGUGUUUUGCUGUUUAACAGGCCAGCUCUGCUUGCUGUGUAGCAUUGUUCUCUUCGAAGGCUGCUUUGCAUUUUGUAUCUACACUACAGAUGGUGAACUUACCAGCAUCCUCACUGUGAUUAAUGUGUAUAUUGCUGUCUAAACUUUGUAUAUGUGUAUAAAAGAAAAGCUUCACCUAGGAAUUAUUUCAGCAGAAAUGUAUUGUAAAAAUAAUUUUGUGGCAUAUUUCUAGUUGCAUUCAAUAACCAUGUAACUUAAUUUUUAAUUUUCACUCGGUCUCAGACGUAGCAUUUCAGGAAAAGUGAUUGUUGGGACGAUUACCAUGUGGAACUAUUGCCAGUUAGCAACAUUGUUUAAGAUGCCAGUUUUUGAGAGGAUAUCUUACAUUAUGAUUUCUUCACGUGCAGAUGCCCAACUUCAGUUUUGUUUAGUAAGCGCGUCUUUUUAAAAUUGAAAACCUCUUCAAAUUGUUAUAGUGUAAAUAGAGAUGUACAUGUCACAAUGACUUCCAUUUGGUGAUAAUGCCUACUUCCUAAUACUCAAGACUACUGUAGUUUUCAAAUAGGUACCAGGUGAUUAAAUUAAAAAUCUGAUUAAAAAGGGUUUUAGACUUGUAAA